AUGUAUGCGAGUGGGGGUAAUGGGCACAAGAAGGAUUCAAAUAUUCAACUAUCCGUACCUCCAUAUCGUGCUUCACCUCAACAAGGCGAACAGUUGAUCGGCCAAGACAAGGUUGCAUUCGAUAUUAUUCGAAACUUGCAUCGUAUGAUGGACGAUGAUCUUUCCGGCAGCAUUGAUCCAAAGGAAUCUACCGAAGUGAUUGAUUUUCUGUCUUUUGUGUUUAUGUCACUGACGCUGACAGUUGGGGAGGGCUUAGGACGUUCAUCUGGACUAGGCUAA